GGGACAUGUAGUCUUUACAGCUAAUUUCCCUAGGUCCUUCGCGUUGCAGUUUUGAGUCCCGCCUAUUCUCUGCUCCCCUAAACCUUUACACAUGUCUUGGUUUAUUUGAAGACCAGGAAGUUCUCUCUCGAGGUCGGCUGCGGAAAGACGGUGGCUCGGUUGGGACAGUCGCCAGGGAUGGCGGAACGUGAGGAUGGAGCGAGUGUCUGGGCUGCUUUCCUGGACGCUGAGCAGGGUCCUAUGGCUCUCAGGCUUUUCUGAGCACGGAGCUGCCUGGCAGCCCCGGAUCAUGGAAGAGAAAGCGCUAGAAGUUUAUGAUUUGAUUCGAACUAUCCGGGACCCAGAAAAGCCCAAUACUUUAGAAGAACUGGAAGUGGUCACAGAGAGUUGUGUGGAAGUUCAAGAAAUAAAUGAAGAUGACUAUUUGGUUAUUAUCAAGUUCACACCAACAGUACCUCAUUGCUCUUUGGCAACUCUUAUUGGUAAGGGUUGUGUGUGUGUGUGUGUGCAUGUGUGUGUACAUGGGUGCAUGGGAAUUCUAGUUUUUAUUGGUAAAUGUGUGUCUGUAUGAAUGCUUCUUACAUUUUUAAUUAAGUUUUUUGUGUAUGGGUUGUUUUAUCUGCAUGUAUGUCUGGGUACCAUGUGCCAACAGAGACCUGCUAAGUCAUCCCGACGGCAGUUAAAUAAGUGGUUUUAAAUAUACUUUGUUUUAAUUUUUUGCCUGGCUUGGCUUACCAGUGGCUUAUUUUGGGGGGUAGGGUUAAAGACAGGGUUUCCUUUUGUAGCUCUGGCUGUCCUAGACCAAGCUGGCCUCAAACUCAUAGAGAUCCGCUGGCCUCUGCCUCAGAGUGCUUGGAUUAAAGGUGUGCGCCACCAUGCCUGUCUUCUGGUAUUUUGUAAAGCUUAAGGGUCCGUCCAUUAUGCCUGAGUGCCAGCUGGCCCAGCAGAAAAGGCCUGGCCUUUGUGGUGCUCCUUUGUUCUGGUCAGUGCCAGCUCUGCUGUGGUACUACCACCAACAGUCACAGGAGACCCACACUGGGUGGAUGCAGUUUGAACUUUAUGGUUUUUCUAGAGCCAGUAAGAAGGGAUACAAAGAUAAUGAAGAUUUUUCCCCCAUCAUAGGGCUGUGCCUAAGAGUAAAGCUUCAGCGGUGUCUGCCGUUCAAACACAAGUUGGAAAUCUACAUUUCUGAAGGAACUCACUCGACAGAAGAAGACAUCAACAAGCAGAUAAAUGACAAAGAGCGAGUGGCAGCUGCAAUGGAGAACCCCAACCUUCGGGAAAUCGUGGAACAGUGCGUCCUCGAGCCGGACUGACCCCUCCCUAAGAGCCAGUGGCUUAGAAGUGUUGGAUCUGCUAGUUUCAAUCCUUUGUAAGAUGUAGAGGACACAUGUUGACUAGAUAGGUGAUUUGUACCUCAGAGCUUUUUUUGUUUUUUGUUUUUUCGAGACAAGGUUUCUCUGUGUGGCCCUGGCUGUCCUGGAACUUGUUCUGUUGACCAGGCUGGCCUUGAACUCAGAGAUCCACCUGGCUCUGUCUCCCAAAUGCUGGGAUUAAAGGUGUACACCACCACUGCCUGGCCUUCAGAGCAUCUUUUAAGAGGAUUCUUUCUGAGCAAAUUUCAGUUAUGAGGUAGAUUCUAAUUGUUCAAUGAGUAACAUUCUCAGGAUUUCUAACUCAAGUGAUCAGACAGAAAAUAUUUUCUAGUUAUUAUGUGUAAAAUGUUACUAUUUUUCUGAUGACCAUUCUGAUACAACUGCUUUUCAUGUCAAAUAUCUACUGUGCCCAAAUGUAUUUGAUUUAAACCAUUCUAAAAUAAAUAUGACACGAUUCUUUUAAUGGC